CUAAUUAACAUCAUAGUCAACGAGAAGUUCAAGACCCUCUACUGUUACAUCCCAAAAGUAGGCUGUACUCCGUGGAAGAAAGUCAUGGUGCAGCUCAAUCCUUCGGAAUCUGAUGUCUGGGUUCACGAUCCAAGCAACUUUCAGUUUUUGGUUGAUUAUCCCCAAAAUGAAUCUGAACAAAUGAUGAAAUUGUAUUUCAAGUUCUUGUUUGUCCGAGAACCUUUCGAACGGAUACUGUCAGCUUACAUUGAUAAAUUUUUCAACUAUGAUCCAGCGUUCUAUACUUUGUGGGGACCUGACAUCGCACCUACGAGAUACGUGAGCGGUGAGGAAACAAGCUAUAAAUCGAUCAUAACAUUCGAAGAGUUUGUCAAUUUCGUUGUAAGACUCCAUGAAAAUGACGAGUUUCGUAACGAACACUGGCAAACAUUCGACAAACUUUGUCAUCCUUGUGGAAUCGAUUAUGACUUCAUUGGUGGAUUCGAAAAUCUCGAAAAAGAAGUCCGUCAUGUUUUCGAAAUUUCUAGCUUGAAACAUGCGAACGUAUCGCUUCCAGAGAUUAAGCCUUCAAAGACUUCUUCAAAGAUUCCUUUUUUCUAUUCACAGCUCUCCAAGCAGCUACUAAACAGGCUUAUAAGAAUAUUUCGUGGGGAUUCUGAAAUGUUCGAAUAUGAUAUUCCUGUCUCUAUCUUCAGUGGUAAUACUGGGGGUCCGUAGAGCUUCACUCUGAGAUCGAGAAUGUGUAAAAAAUACGGAGGCUGUGAACCGAGAGGCGCCGUAGCUCAGUUGGCUAGAGCGCCUGUCUAGUAAGCAGGAGGUCAUGGGUUCGAAUCCCAUCGGUGCCUUACAUCGACACUGUUUUUUACCUUACUUUUUUCAUCUCGUAUAUUGAGAAACGUGGAAAGAAAAAACUUCAGAUGUAAUGUGAACAUAUUUUUGAAAGGCAGAUUAUUUAUUUGCCAUCUUUUCAUCACUCAAAAGAAGCGUCGAGGAAACUUCGUGCAAAGAGAGACCAACCUCACUCAAAGGACGGGGAGAAGAGAGACCCUGGUGUCGACUGACACAGGUCCCAGUUGUUCAAAAGUUAGAUAACUACGCCCAGCGAAUUCCCUAAAUAAUUAUCCGCUGUAUUGUGAUUUAUUCGGAGGAUAGCGCCAUCUAACCUUUUAACAGCCACUGUGGCCAGUCCAAUAACUCUGUAGAGUGUUUUCACAUGACGUCGCGGUGGCGAUAUUGGUGUUCCAAAACAAUAAAACGGCGGCCAAGUUGGUGUUCCAAACAAUUCCUGUGGGACUUGAACUCUUUCCUUAUGUAAAUCCUUUAUUUUGUUCCAAUACGUUUGCAUAAAUACUGGCCACAUGAGUGAAAACGCUCCAUUGGACAUUCUCAGAUUUCGUGAGCGACUGGGUUGGCCGUUGCUACUGUCUACUUUGACAUGAUGGGAUUCUUUUGAGGUGUGUUGAAACUUCCUUAUUUGGUUAUUACUAGGUUGCGAAGAAAUCUUGAGUCAAAUUCUUCCCCCCAAAAUUAACAGUCUUAUUUAGUGCAACUGAAGAUAGAUAGACAAACAUCAUUUAACCAUGCACGGGUAAUCCAUCAGCUAGUUACGAAGAGAUCUCAAAAUAUAACUACACAACUAUGAUUAUAUUAAACUAAACAUUAAACUACAGUAUCUUAAAAAGCUGCUUUCCAUGAAUACGGUGCCUUUAAGAGCUUUACUGAUGACGCGUUUGAACGACUCGAGGGAACAGUGAUGUGCACCAUGCCUUGCAAAGAAGGCUAUUGCAUAGUGUAGUGCCACACUAUAACUAAAACCUUUUUGAAAUAAUUUGUGCGUGGUAAUCGAACUUUAAGUUUGUUCUCGGAGUCCCUUAGGUUGUAACUUGUACUGCGCUGAGAGAAUUUUGAUGCUAAAUAGUCCGGAGCUAACCCAUGUAGGCAUUUGAGUACCAUGACGGUAUGUUUCGUUGGCGGUCAAGAUUUUUCCACCCCAAAAUUUCUAACAAUUGACGGCAUCAGCGUCAUAGCUUGAGAAUGUGAGAACGCGGGCUGCUCUAUUCUGCAAUUUUUGCCGCUUAUCUUGUAAAAUUACCCCAAACACUACUACAGUUGUCGAAGUGAGGUUGAAUUACAGCUUGAUAUAUAAGAUGCAAUGUAGCCUGGGGGACCAGGUCUCAUGGCCCCGAUUCCAGAGGCGAUCCUUUUUAUUAGGUAGAACAUAAUUCAACCAACAUAAUUGUAGAACAUUUUUUUCCUGCUUUUGGUCUAGUCUCCCGACUUUUUCGCUCAUGUUCGUUGCCCCCUAAAAUUUUUAUAUGCUGGACGUCAACUGGUUAUUUUUAAAUGCUCCACACAACGAAAACCUCAAAUAUGCUAUUUUAUUUUAACCCAAUAAUGAAAUCUUGUCACAUCUACAAAAAACCCUAAUUCAGCAAUGGUCUCGUGAAUGAUGACCUCAACACCCUAGAUGUGACAUGAGAAGAUAUUUUAUGGCAAAUGUUAUCUUGUGGUCUGACAUGGCUUCUACGUAUAAAAUUGUCAAAGCUAUAAAGCUUUUGAAAAAAUUGAAAACGUUACAGACAAGAAGACGUUUGCAGGGACUGAUCAAGCAACGUGAAAUAGAUUUAAGUUGCGAUAUUUCGACUUUUGAAAAAGAUUACCUCAAAGGAUUCUGGGAUAAUUUUUAUGACAAUCAUAAUUUACUUUUAUAAUUAUAAUUAUUAUUGUUCCUAUUAUCAGUGUUCUUAUUGAAAAAUUACACUGCCAGCGAUGUUGUAGCUGUUUUUUCAUUGGCUGCGGGUAACAACAAGUUGUCUCCAAGGAGGCCAAGGAACACCCGCCUUUGCCAGGGGCGGAUCUAGGGGGAGGGUGCAGGGGGUGCGCACCCCCCCGAGAUGACGUGCGGUUUUCUAAUACAACUAGUAUUCUGCAAAAAAAAAACUAUGUGGUUUAUUGGUGUUUAAGUAGAGCAAGAGACGAGUGCACCCCCUCCUAAAAAAAAUCCUGGAUCCGCCCCUGUUUGCGGUUUGCUUUCCUCUCCUCUCUACAUCUCCUGUAUGAAUUAUGGCUCCGUCACUGCCUGUCUUCUAUGGCUAUGAAUGAGUUCCUUUUGUAUUUUGCUUACUUUUCAAACUAUGGUCAACAACAAAAUAAAUACAAAAUAAAAUUCAACUAAAAUGUCAUUUUCAGAUUGGUAAAUCAUUCGGUGCAAAAACUGGUUGUUACCAACAACGAAACCUUGUUGCAUGGAAUUCUUCAAUAAAUGACACGUAAAAAGUGUUAGUGGCGCUGAGAUCAACAAUCCAAAACAGCACUUAGUCAGCCAUGCAAAACCACGGCCUUUUUAUCCGACUCGCUGUUUUGUCGUUAUUUCUCGUGGCAUCUCUGCGCCAUUCUGUAAUUCUCAGUGACUGGUGGGAAGGCAAUGUAUUAUCUUUUCAGAUAAAUGGUAAGUUAGCACCGUAUUCUGUGUUUUUGCACCAGAUACCAGAUAGUGUGAGAGGUGAUGCAUCAAGAUAUUUCUUAGCCGUUUUUAUACUAAGGACGCAUUAUAUUUCUUGGGCAAACAUUUUGUAGUUCGCCUGGUUAUGUGUCUCUAGUACCAGCACAAGACGCAUUAAGCGUCCAGACUACCUGUCGUAGUGCGUCAUUCAACACGUCUUUCGAAGGAAAGUUCGUCUAGACGCAUAAUGACAUUACCAGCGUCUUGUGCCCGUCUCAGUUUAUACUUGAGACGCCAAAACCUGUAAGUCCAUAAAUAUCUGCUCGACAAGAAUCACCAGGAAUCUGAUUUACAUCUUGCCUUUAUUCUUUUUAAUCUUCUAACUCUUCCACUUUUUCACAAACUUACUUCCUACUUCUCCUACUUACUAGUUCAAGUAUAGUAGCGGUUUUAAUAGCCAAAGCUGGACAAGUUUGGGUUAGCUCACCGGAAGAGUUUCUAUUGUAUAUCUUAUCCCUAACAUUUCAACAGGUUUGCUAGUGUUUAAUAGGGAAUAGACUAGCCUACGCACAGCCGCAACUGAUAAGUACCAAAUAACGAAGGUCAGCUCUAACACCACAAACACGACCACCUGUAAAAAAAACUAAUUAACAUCUAACAAUGCCAAGCGAAUCACAUUCCUAAUAUGGCAAUAAGUAAAUUCGUGAGCUAAGUAUAAAUUCGAGUACAAGUAAAAACAAAAGGUCAAAACGGGAAAACAGUACGUGGACAAAAACAAGACUUAAUGAAACAAAAACUAAACUUAAAAGAUAAUAUAGGACCGUCUUAAAAAUAACUUUCAAAAUACUCCACAACAAGAGUGUUAUUCUAAGAUUGGUAAAACGAUUUAAGUGCGAAAUAGCUAGCCACUUCGAUUUUUCGUUUCAGUGGCACUUUCAAAUUAAGCGACUCAAGUGCUUAGAGCAGGGUUCGAGUUAUGAGGGUCCGUUAUCGAGGGUAAAAUUAUAUAGAAAAUUAAAUAAUCUGAAGGGAAACAAAAAUUACUUCGAGUUGGCGGGAGGUUUUUGAGUUAUCGAGGGUUGGUGUUACCAAGCGUAAAAUUACAGCAAAAUUAUAAACGAAAUCCAGGGGGAAAUCAGUAAGCGGGAGGUUCGAGUUAGCGAGGGUUCGAGUUAUCGAGGCAACUGUAUGUACCUCAUCGUGUAGCGAGCGAGUUGCUCGAACACACCCCCACACUCUGAAUUGUCAAUAAAAAAUGCUUUUUUCCAUCAAGAACUCUCUCCUCCGUAGAGGCUUCCGCUGGGUAUCCCUGAGAAAAUAGUAAUAAUCGAAAAAAAUAGAAAGCGUGCGGGGAAAAUUUUCCCCUUCUUAUCGUGCCCUGCGCGCUCUCUUUCUUUCUCCCCAGCCUCCCCACUGGGGACGAGGUUGAUUUACUUGGUUCUGUAGGCGCCAAACAGUCAAGCCAACCCAUCUCCUUAUUUUAGAUAUUGCUAGCUGUUAAUACGCUGCAAUAACUAAAGUAGCUUAUUUAUUUAUUUAUGUAUUUAUUUACAGACUUCAGCACACCAGCAACCAAAGAGACUGAACAGGUCCGUUGUGUUUUAAUUCAACUACUUAAUUCUUAAUCACCUACUAAACCUUAUAUUUAGGUCGCUACAGAAGUCGGCCAAACUUGGGACGAUUGAUUGCGAAUCUCAAAUUUCUCACACAAUCGGAAAUUCUUAUAAAUUCCGGACAAGGCAGUCAACGAAAGCGGGCAGCAGAAGGCCAGUCUUUUUAUUCCUUUGUUGUUAAUAAAAUGAUCUUCGUAUGAUGAGCAGGUAACUGAGACCACGGGCGGGUACCCCAAGCUGACCAAGCUCAGGAGUGAUCGUUGCUGCGUAUCUGAAAUAUUAUAAGGGUUUGUAGGGAUGUUUUAGCGAUCGUUAAUAGGUAAUAAUAAUAAUUUUAUUCAACAGCACGCAGGUGGCGAAAAAACAAGACAGAUGACUCAGUUAACAUUUCGUUUAAAUUUCUAUUGAAACAUUUCCAAUCAAAUUUUUUCAAGGAAAAAGUUUAUCUGCAUUUCGUCUGUAAAGCCGACAGACUGCAGAUACUCAGAUUUCAGUAUCAAAACACCAACAGAGGGUGGUCUGCCUAUGGUUUUACAAAUGGUUUUAGAUUCGCUCUCUUUAUAAUUCUCCAGGUUAUAAAAUGAACAACUUGCCACAGAACUAAAAUUCGCUGAAACGAUCACAUAUGCUAAGACCAUAAAUGAGUAACGUUUUGUUCUCUCGGUUUCCAGCCCGGUAGUGCCGACAGCAUUGAAGUUGUGAACUUGAAAAGGAAAGCAAGUUUGAGGGAAUUUUGCCAAAGAAGUAAAAGGAUAAACCAAACAGUUAAUACUGCAGAACUAAUUAACAUCAUAGUCAACGAGAAGUUCAAGACCCUCUACUGUUACAUCCCAAAAGUAGGCUGUACUCAGUGGAAGAAAGUCAUGGUGCAGCUCAAUCCUUCGGAAUCUGAUGUCUGGGUUCACGAUCCAAGCAACUUUAAGUUUUUGGCUGAUUAUCCCCAAAAUGAAUCUGAACAAAUGAUGAAAUCGUAUUUCAAGUUCUUGUUUGUCCGAGAACCUUUCGAACGGAUACUGUCAGCUUACAUUGAUAAAUUUUUCAACUAUGACCCAGCGUUCUAUUCUUUGUGGGGACCUGACAUCGCGCCUACGAGAUACGUGAGCGGUGAGGAAACAAGCUAUAAAUCGAUCAUAACAUUCGAAGAGUUUGUCAAUUUCGUUGUAAGACUCCAUGAAAAUGACGAGUUUCGUAACGAACACUGGCAAACAUUCGACAAACUUUGUCAUCCUUGUGGAAUCGAUUAUGACUUCAUUGGUGGAUUUGAAAAUCUCGAAAAAGAAGUCCGUCAUGUUUUCGAAAUUUCUAGCGUCAAACAUGCGAAAGUAUCACUUCCAGAGAUUAAACCUUCAAAGACUUCUUCAAAGAUUCCUUUUUUCUAUUCACAGCUCUCCAAGCAGCUACUAAACAGGCUUAUAAGAAUAUUUCGUGGGGAUUCUGAAAUGUUCGAAUAUGAUAUUCCU